AUGCGAGGAUCGGUCACACCAUUGAGGCUGCAACUUACGAGAAACGCAGCAUGGUCGGCUCUGGCUCUGGCUCUGGCGGCCGUGGCGGCCGUGGCGGUGGUGGACGUGGUGGUGGCCCCCAAUGACCGCCGACGGGGUUGUUGGCACUGUGGCUCUGAAGAGCACCGCUUGAGGGACUGUCCUCACAGAGGUGAACGGCGUCACCGCAAGAAGCAAGCCCGUCGUCAGGCACCCCCUGUUCCGACGACUCCUCCUGCUCAUCGUGAGCAACAUCCUCUCCCUCCUGCCCCCCUUCAGCAGCAGCAGGAGCAAAUCGACGAGGAGGAACGAGCGGCGAUGGCACAAGUCGAGGCUGAGUUUCGACGUCGACGGGAGCUGCUGCAGCAGCAGCAGAGGACCCCCGAGGGUAACACCCCCUCUGAAGUUUUCAAGGACGGUGCUUAG